AUGUCGAGUUUGUCAGUGUUACUCAUUCCCUCGAGAAUGAAUCUGCAAAAUCUAAAGCAGAGACGACAUAACGCUCACCUGGGUUAUUCACUCCUCAAAAGGAAAAGCGAUGCCCUUACAUCAAAGUUCCAUAGACUCCUAAGAGCAACUGUUCAAGGUAAAGAGAGACUAGUUGAGGGCCUGAAGGAUGCUACCUACUCACUUGCAAACGCAGUAUGGUCUGCUGAAGACUUUAAAAGCCUAGUGAUAGAGUCGGUGGGACGACCGUCAGUUACCCUUAAGCUAAGAGGAGAGAAUAUUGCAGGGGUUUUGCUUCCAGUCUUUUCACUUCAUACGGAUCCUACAGUUGACCUGUUUGCAAACCUGAGUUUGAGUUCUGGAGGAAGUGCAAUUCAGUCUGUUAAAACCACACACUUGGCUGCCUUGGAUAUUUUAGUAGAACUAGCAUCACUUCAAAUAUCAUUUAUCAUAUUGAACGAGGAAAUCAGAAUGACGAACAGGAGAAUCAACGCACUGGAUAAUGUAUUAAUACCAAGCAUUGACCGCAACUUGGAGUAUAUUAGAAGAGAACUGGAUGAGAUGGAAAGAGAAGAAUUUUAUAGAUUAAAGAUGAUAAAGAAGCAUAAAGAAAGAGAAGAAAGCGAGAAGGAAACAGAGCCUCGCCAGUACCAGUCAUUUUUCGACCCAGUAGAUGACGAUAUCGUAGUCUAA